CGUCGAACGGGGCCCGGCCGCGACUCGAUUAUAAGCCUUCGGCCCUCUUGAAAAUUACAGGAACGCGAACGGCAACUGGUGGCGACACGGGGGAAGACCGAACGCGGCGGUUCGUCGGCUUUCGAGGUUCAUCCGAGUUUCGAAAGAGUGUCCACCCGGUCGUGGUGUCCGCAUCCAUCGCGUGGAAACGCGCAUCUUCCUCCUCGUUCGCGGGUCCCCGUCAAUCUGGUUUUAGGCGUACUCCGUAGCGGCGGGUCUGGUGAUCGACGGUGAACGCGAUUCCACGGGCGACUCGUAGAUCACGCGCUAGCCGGCGUUGAAAUCACCUGAACGGACAACAGGCCGAUUCCGUUGGACGGCUGUGUAACGGAAUCUGUUGGAUAUUUCUUCAGCGAGUGGAAAAGAGGAACCAUCGGGUCACCAUCGGGGGACCUUCCGCCGGAGAACGAAUUUACCGUGACCCGUUCGAAAGGGAACCAGGGUCGGUACACCUUGCCCAGGGGAAGAGAAAUGGUGCGAAAGAGAUCCAGCCAGUGACGUAACCGCGCGGGCAUGAUAAUAGAUACGGACGUUAGCCGGCUGCGUUCACGAUCAGAUAAGAGGAUCGAAAUUCUGCUCGGCGUAUUCGGGGACCCGUGUCGGAAGCGGCGCUCGAUAAAACGGCUAGUUGGCGGACGGCUCUGCGUGUGAAAUCCCAGUGGCAACGAUGAAAAUGGAGGCGGAUCACAGGUUGGAGCAGCUGAAGAAGGCAACGGACAGAAUACAGAAGGAGAUCGAAGAGGUCACGGAGAGGGAGCACGAGCUACGAAACGUGGGCAGCAUUAAGACCACGUCCCACGAGACGGUAGAUUCCAAGGUACGGCGAAUGCCUCAAGCUCUGGCUUCCGGUAAGCUGAAGAGGACGACAUCGAACCCGCAAAUCCUGGAGGCAGUCAACUUGACGCAAUCGACGCCAUCCUUCACGCCAAAGAUGACAAACGGAGUGAUAUCCAGUCGUACCACGCCGACACCACUGCGGUUUGCCACUGCACCCAGCCAAAAAGGGUUGAUGCACAGGUUUCUCGCCACCCGAGGGAAGAUUUACAAAUCGAAAACAUCUGUGAACGACUCGUUGACAACGCCUGCAACACCAACGAUCGCGCUGAAUCCGAUGAGCAUCAAAGCGUUCAACAGAAGCUUGAGUAUUCAACUGGAACCGGAUGACGAACCCAAGAAACCUCCUGUUAGAAAAGGAUACGUUCCAGUGGAAGAGAAAAUUCAAAAGGAAUUGCAUGAAAUGAAAGAACGGGAGAACGAACUCAGAUUAAUGCGAUCGCAAAUGCUGGCGAAAUCUCAGCCGAAUCUGUUAGACAUCGGAAAUGACAAUGAUUCUGACAUUUACGAUGGUUCGAGUUCGUUGAGAAGCGGUGCCUCAUCGACCACUUUGAACGAAGACGACGUAGAAAAGGAAAGCAAAGGAAAACACAAGCCAAAUCCACGACGUCGGAGCACCCUUAUAGCGCAAUGGGAGAAUCUGAUAGCUGCGAAACGGCAAACUAAUGAUAAUGGUAAUGAAAAUGAUUUAAACUUCUAAAUAAUUUCCACGUAUAGUGGAAAAAUGUGACUCCAUCCUCGCUUCUAUUCUGUUCCAUGGUUCAAGUUAUUUUUGGAAUAGCUGAGACAAAUGGAAAAAACAUUGAAAAAUGUG